GGUGGCACCGACGUUGGACCGAGCAGCGUCCCUUCCGAAAAAUCAAUCCUCGUAGUCGUGGAAAGCCACGCUCACACUGCCCAAUAGGUACUGAUAUCUAUAGAAUCACUCUUUCGGUGGUUUUUCCUUGGACUUUAAGCCAAGCAUCGUCAAGACAACCCAAAAACAAGACCAAAGGACGAGGCUCAUCAGCAGAAUUAGAAGUAUAUCUUGAGAGAGAGGGAGAGAGAUGGCGUUGCAGUGGAUGAUACUGACGUACAUGGUGGCGGUAGAGGCAGCCAUAGCUGUUUUAUUGACCCUGCCUUCACCCAAGCUUGUCAAGGAUCGUCUGGUCUCUUUGGUUUCGCUUAUUCUGCAACCUUGCCUCUUCGUCGUCCCCUUCGCAGGCUUCCAGCUCCUGGAUAUCUAUUGGAAGAACGAGCAUCGCUUGAUGUGCACAUCUGAGAUCUGCACGGCUUCUGAGAGAGAUCGCUAUGAGAAAUCCAUCUACAAAGCUCAAAGGAAUGUCAUUCUGUGUGCUGUAUCAAUCCUUCUGUAUUGGUCAGUGUACCGCAUUUGUAAAUAUCACAAGGAGAUUCAGAAAUUGGAGGAAGAUGAGAAGAAGUCCAAGGAACAGUAGCUUUCUUAUCCGUGCCCUUCUAUUAAAUUAGUGGGAGACGACAGAUUAUGUUACUCAACUAAAUUAGUGGAAGACGACAUAUUAUGUUACUCGACGGUGUAUGGACAGCCAAAAUUGCUUCUACUUUUUGCUAUUGUGCUAGGAACUUCAUGUAUGUCCAAUGCAGUCACUACUUGUGCAUGUGUGUGUGUGCUUUUUGUAGCUCUAAGCUGCUCUUUGUUUUGUUAAUUCCAUAGAAAACCACUAGUCACCCUCUUGAGCUUUUGGGAUGUUUGUUUAAGCCAUAUACUAUUGGAAAAAGUUUGAAGCCUUAGGUGCGAUUGAUGCCCUAGAAAA